GGGCGGCGGCGGCUCGCCGGUGAGUGUCGGGAAGCGCCGCCAUGGGGUUCCGCAAGAAAAGCAGCCGGAACCCCCCGGUGCUGAGCCACGAGUUCAUCCUGCAGAAUCACGCGGACCUGGUGUCCUGCGUGGGCAUGUUCUUCGUGCUGGGGCUGAUGUUCGAGGGCACGGCGGAGGCGUCCAUCGUCUUCCUCACGCUGCAGCACGGCGUCGCCGUCCCCGCCGCGGGCGAGCACGCCGCGGCCGCCGGGUCCCUGUACCGCUACGGCGCCAAAGACCUGGCCACGAUUUUCUUCUACAUGCUGGUGGCGAUCAUCCUGCACGCCACCAUCCAGGAGUACGUGCUGGACAGGAUCAACCGGAGGAUGCAGUUCACCAAGGCGAGGCAGAGCAAGUUCAACGCGUCCGGCCAGUUCGGCGUGUUCUACCUGGUGUCGUGCGUGUGGGGCGCGCUCGUGCUGGUCUCCGAGAACUGCCUGGCGGAGCCCGCGCUCCUGUGGAGGGCGCCGCCGCCCGGCGUGAUGACCUUCCACAUGAAGUUCUUCUACAUCUCGCAGCUGGCCUACUGGUUCCACGCGUUCCCCGAGCUCUACUUCCAGAAAACCAAAAAGCAGGACGUCCCCGGGCAGCUCGUGUACAUCGGCCUCCACCUGUUCCACAUCACGGCCGCUUACCUGCUGUACCUGAACCACCUGGGGCUCCUGCUGCUGGUGCUGCACUACUUCGUGGAGUUGCUUUCCCACAUGUGCGGCCUGCUCCACUUCAGCGACGAGGAGUACCAGAAGGGGGUCUCUCUGUGGGCCGUGGUGUUUAUCUUGGGUAGACUCCUGACUCUGAUCGUCUCGGUCCUCACCGUCGGGGUUCACCUGGCUGGAUCCCACAGUCGGAACCCGGAUUCCGGGACUGGAAACGUCAACGUGUUGGCAGCUAAAAUCGCUGUGUUGUCCUCCAGUUGCACGAUCCAGGCAUACAUAACGUGGAACCUAAUCACUCUUUGGUUUCAGAGGUGGAUAGAGGAUUCUAAUCUUCAGGCCUUAUUUAUGAAGAAGAAACGGUCCAUAACUAAAGGCAAGGCUUCUAAAAAAGGGACAGAAAAUGGAGUGGAAACUUCGCAUAGAGUAGACUCUGCCCCAAAGAGGAAAGAGAAAUCCUCCUAAUGAAUUAUAUAAGCUCACUGAGUCAUGCCUCCAAAGGAAUCUGCUCUUCACCAUAAGAUUUCGUUUUGCACUAGAGAUUUUUCUGUUCUUGAAAAUCGUUUGUGCUCUUUUGAGUUUUGCUAUUGUAUCGUUUAAUGUAUUUUUUAAAAGACAUUUCAGGGGAGGGUGAUGAUUAUGACCAGGGGGAAAUAAAAACAUUUUGGUUAAGACUAAGCUACUCAUCUAAGCAGUGUUGAAGUAGUUUAGGGAUCACCUCCAUAUUUUGUUUGAAUUUUUUAAACUUUGAAUCAAUUUUCCUAAUGAUUUACCAGAGGUAACUAUAAGAUUUUCUCUAUCAGUGAUACAAUUUCUUGCUCCCACCAAUCAAGGUCAUGUUUUUAAUGUUCUCUUUCAGGGUAAAAUGGAAACGCUACAAUGGUGGAAGUCCAAUCAGUAUUCUCUAAUUGUUAUAAUUUUUUUUGUAAGAGUUUAUGUUUGAGAAAAAGAUUUGUAAAACCAACAAAAUAAUCAUGUGCUUUAUUUUAUAUGUAUUGAUUGUUAGUGCUACAUCCCCGUUUUACAAAAACAUAGUACUAAUGGGAAACAUAGAAAUGUAUUGCCAUAUAUGUCAAAUCAAAAUAUUUUUAAUUUGUAUAAAAGUAUUACUGAAGAGGUAAAAACCAUUCCUGUCCAUUCUAAACACUUGUAAAUGGGAAUUCAUAAAAUUAAAUAUUACUUUGAAAAGGAAAUCAGACUUAGUCUUUUUUAUAUGUUUAUUAACAGUGAUUCAUAAUGAGGCUUUAUAAGAUCAGUAGCCACAGCAUAUUAGAAAAUACUGUUUAAUCUGUAAGCCAUUUUGAAAAUGAUGCUUAAUUUAUAUGUAUAAAAAGAAUGUUAGCUAAUUGCAUUUGGAAAAUAUUUAAAGCACUAACAUUAAAUAAUUUGAAAAUUAGGUAAAUAACCUUAUGAAGGCUUUUGAAAAAUAAUUUUAUAAUUAUUGUUUUUCUCCUGUCUUUAAUUGGGAAAAAUUUAUCUGUAUAAAACAUAUUUUGGAAAUUAUUUAUAUACAUGUAUAUGUAUAUAAUUUGUAUCUUAUAGAAGCUAGUAGACAUAGGCAGUAGUGUGUAUCUAUAUUUAUCUCCUCUCUGUCCUCACUUUGAUUUCUUUCUGUAAUGUGAGUGUUUAUAUUUUUUUCAAGGAGACCAUACUUUAAAAAUAUGCUGGGGGAAGACAUUCCUAUUGCUCUAUAUUUUCUCCUACUAUGUCUCUCAUCUCUCUGUUUUUGAUAGCCUUCUCUUUAGUUUUGUUUAAGUAAUUUAAUUUUUCCAUGAAGAUCUCUGAAAAAUUAAAUUUAAUAUACUUGUAUCACAGACCACAGGCAGGGGAGCAACUUUUGGCAAAACAUUCUUUGCUAUUCUGUCUGCUUUCAGAGGCAAGUAUCAAAGCAGCGUUUCUUCUUCUUUGGCUAUGGAAUCCGUCAUCCUACCUAUUUUUUUUCCUCAGUUACCUAAUACUCUAGUGUGGGUAGCACAUGUUAUGAGGUCCAAAAUAAAAUAACUCACAUUGUAGCCAACUGUUGUGUCAGUGUAAAAAAAGAAAAAAAAUCAACUUAUUACAAUGACAGAGUGUUUCUCACUUCCCUUACUUUUAAAGAAUUCUACCCUGUUAUCUGUAACCCCACUCCUAGUAACAAAUAUUAUUUAUAUAUUUCAUUUUCAAAUAUGUGCAGAUCUGAAUCAAACCGGCAAAAGAUUUCAGGAAAAUUAUUGUCUUGCAUGACUGACAAUGGCGAGAGUUGAAUCGGGCUUGGUGGUGGAUAUGAUUAGGGCCGAGACUGAUUUCCCUGGGGGAUUUUCUUGGCUCUAGCUCCUCAGGUUGACUUUCUGCACGGCGGCAAAUGACCACAGCUAGUCUAGGUUUCAUUGCCACAGCACUGUGUGGUGGAGAGGAAGAGAAAAAUCCUGAUUUCUGAAAUUCCCAGUACAUUGGAAAUUAUCUUUAAUGAACUCAUUUGGCAUAGGGGGAUACUGAACUGAUGAGUUUGUUAGGUUAUAUGCUUCACCUGUGUGAUAAGGCAAAGCCUCUUUCUUGUAAAACAUGAGCCCAUAAGAGGUAGUACGGUAACUGAAAAGAAAAAAGGGGAAGGAUGUCAGGUACAUCUCAACUAUGCAUAAUAGAACUCAAAUACUGCUAGAAAGUAAAUGUAUGCCAAAUAAAGCAAUAUCACAAAUGACAUUCAGCUUAAUAUAUAUUGAGUGUCUUUUUUUAAAAAAAAUUACAUCCUCAAAAAACCUAUCUCAAUAUUAUGACAUUGUC